AUGUAUGGGGACAUAGAGCCUAUGAGGCGUGGUCCCACAGGCAUUUCUAAAGAAACAUUUGCUGUUCUUCAUAUAUUCUGUGCCACAUAUUCUCACCUACUUUUAGUUCUUGAUGACAUAGAGUUCUAUGAGAAACAGGUUCCAUUUAAAUUAGAGAAGCAACGAAGAAUUGCAUCACUUCUCAAUACUCUCGUGUAUAAUGGCUUGUCCCAUGGUAUUAGUGAGCAGAAUAGACCCCUCAUGGACUGCGCUAUCAGAUGCUUGCAUUUAAUGUGAAGGAAUUGUCGGCAUCAAUUUUGUCCUCCUGAUUUGUGGCUUUCCCCUGCUAGAAAAAACCGACCUCCUAUUGCAGUGGCUGCCAGAACUCGUGAAAUUUCAUCAGUCAACAUAAGAUAUGAUGAUUCAUUGACUGUCCCGAGUAUGGGUUCUGUUAUCACUACAACUCCUCAUGUUUUCCCUUUUGAAGAGAGAGUUGAGAUGUUUCGAGAGUUCAUUAAGAUGGAUAAAGCCUCCAGAAAAAUGGCUGGGGAAGUUUCUGAACCUGGUUCACGAGCUAUUGAGAUAGUAGUACGUCGGGGUCAUAUUGUUGAAGAUGGAUUUCGGCAACUAAAUUCCCUUGGGACAAGGUUGAAGUCAUCCAUCCAUGUUUCUUUUGUGAGUGAAUGCGGCCUUCCUGAGGCUGGCCUGGAUUAUGGUGGUUUAUCAAAAGAAUUUUUAACUGACAUAUCAAAAGCGGCCUUUGCCCCGAGUAAAUAUGGGCUAUUUUCCCAAACCUCAACCUCCGACAGGCUUCUAAUUCCAAAUUCUUCUGCAAGAUUUUUGGAUAAUGGUCUUCAGAUGAUUGAGUUUCUUGGAAGAGUCGUUGGUAAAGCUCUUUAUGAAGGAAUAUUACUUGAUUACUCUUUCUCACACGUUUUUGUACAGAAAUUAUUGGGGAGAUAUAGCUUCCUUGAUGAGUUAUCAACACUUGAUCCAGAGCUAUAUAGGAAUCUUAUGUAUGUCAAGGUAAAAAUCAGGAGACAUAUCCAUACUGUUUCCUCUAUCUCCCUGCUUCACAUAUUCUUUGGUGCAGCAGCAUAUGAUGGUGAUGUCAAGGAGUUUUCUCUUGAUUUCACUGUUACUGAAGAAUCAUUUGGGAAAUGGCAUGUUGUUGAGCUGAGGUCUGGGGGCAAAGAGAUGUUGGUGGUGACGAAUGAGAACAAAAUGCAGUACAUACAUGCGAUGGCAGACUACAAACUCAAUCAACAGAUAUUGCCCUUCUCAAAUGCAUUCUAUAGAGGACUGACUGAUCUUAUAUCUCCAUCCUGGUUGAAGUUAUUCAAUGCCAGUGAAUUUAAUCAGUUGCUUUCAGGUGGAAAGUAUGAUAUUGAUGAUGAUUUAAAAAAUAACACACGAUACACGGGUGGUUAUAAUGAAGGAAGCCGGACAGUCAAGAUAUUCUGGGAGGUGAUUAAAGACUUUGAACCCCAAGAACGUUGUAUGCUUCUUAAAUUCGUCACUAGUUGUUCUCGUGCACCAUUACUUGGGUUCAAAUAUUUACAGCCAGCUUUUACGAUCCACAAGGUAUGGUUGUUAUCACUGACGUCCCCUCUUUGGGCGGCAUUUGGAGGACAAGAUGUAGAGCGGCUUCCUUCAGCUUCAACGUGCUACAAUACCCUCAAGCUUCCAACCUACAAACGUGCAAGUACGUUGAGAACAAAGCUUCUAUAUGCAAUCAGUUCAAAUGCCGGCUUUGAACUCUCUUAAUUUGCAACAGGUAACCAAUA